AUGCGCUUUGGCAAAACCCUUCGAAAGUCAAUCUACCCGCCAUGGAGUGGGAAGUAUAUUGAUUAUCACAAGCUCAAAGUUCUUCUCAGAGAACAUGAUGUCAUCGGGCACGAUAGCGACUCCGAUAAUGCCCCAUGGACGGAACAAGAUGAGGAGGCGUUCGUGCAGGAACUCUUGAACGUUCAACUGGAUAAAGUCGAUGCUUUCCAGGUUGAGACCUUGAAGCAGCUGCGAGAACGAACGGCCGAUUGCGAGUCCAAGUUGCGAGCAUUGACUGAUGCAGCUCAGGAGGAGGCGGCACCGGACAUGGAUGAUGCGGAGAAGAAACGAAUUGCAUCGGUUGUUCUGCAGGAGCUGGACAGCAUUACUCGAGAGGUCAGCGAGCUGGAGAAAUACAGUCGAAUCAACUUCACCGGUUUCCUCAAGGCGGCUAAAAAGCAUGACCGCAAACGAGGAGCACGGUACCGUGUGAAGCCCUUGUUACAAGUGCGCCUGUCGCAGCUCCCUUUCAACUCGGAGGACUACUCGCCUCUCGUUCGCAGACUCUCUGUUAUGUAUUCCUUCGCCCGUGAAAUCUUAAGCAAGGGUGUUGUUGAGGCCAAGACUCCCGCUGAGCCGCAGUUUGGUCAAGACAUGUAUUCUUCCUUCAAGUUCUGGAUCCACCCCAAUAAUGUUCUCGAGGUCAAGACCUAUAUUCUGCGACAGCUGCCUGUUCUCAUUUACAAUCCUGGUACCUCGAAGGACCUCGAUAUCCUCCCUGACGACCCUACGAUCACCUCACUUUACUUUGACAAUCGACAAUUCGACCUUUACAAUCAGAAGGUUGCUCGUGCCGCUGAAGCCGGGUCUCUGCGGCUGCGAUGGACUGGGAAUUUGCAAGACAAGCCGGCCAUCUACCUGGAGAAGAAGGUCGUAUCGGAUGACAAUCGCAGUAGAGAAGUUAAAGUUCAACUCAAACCAAAGCACGUGAAGGAAUUCUUGGAUGGGGACUACCACUUUGACAAAAAGCUGCAGCGGAUGGAAAUUAUGGGCAAUGGAGAAUCGGAACAAGCAGAGUCUUUCAAGCAAGAUAUCGAGGAAUUGCAGUCAUUCAUCAGGGAAUACAAUUUGCAGCCAAUGCUUCGGGCCAAUUACACCCGGACGGCGUUUCAGAUACCUGGAGAUGAUCGGAUCCGGAUUUCUCUCGACACUAACUUGGCCCUCAUCAGGGAGGAUUCGCUGGACGAAGGUCGUCCGUGCCGUGAACCCGAUCAAUGGCAUCGCACAGACAUCGACGAUGCGGGAAUGGAAUACCCCUUCAGUAGCAUUCGAACCGGAGAGAUAGUUCGUUUCCCUUAUGCACUACUGGAAAUCAAACUUAGAGGUACUGCAGCACACAGCGCUGAAUGGGUGAAGGAUCUCAUGGUCUCACAUCUGGUGAAAGAAGCUCCGCGGUUCUCCAAGUUUGUCCAUGGUGUGGCACAGCUCUUUGAGGAUUAUGUCAACAGCUUCCCGUUCUGGCUUGGUGACUUGGAAAAUGACAUUAGAAAAGACCCCGAAACCGCUUUUCAUGAAGAACAGGAACGGUUGGCGCAGCGAGCAGAAGAUGAUAUUGCGGUCGGAAGUUUCCUUGGCACCCGAAGUCCGCUGGCAAUGAGACCUCUAGUGGGAUCUCCAGUGCAAAUGUUCACGGACAUAUCCUCUUCACCUCGCCGUCGACAGUCGUCGCAGAUGCUCCCGCCAUCGCAGCGACCCUCUGCUCCAGAAAUGGCUCGCGUACCUGAGCGUCCAGAGCCCGGCACACAGGACAACCAUAUCCAGGACGAGGACGAACAACCGGAACACCCAGUGACUCUGAAACGUCUGGCCUCUCUCUUCCCGACCUUCUCCGCCAAGCGUGACAAGCGUGGCACUCGGAAUUCCGUCGUGCUGCCUCCCGGCGUUCGGGAACCAGGCACGUGGAUCAAGGACUCUGGACCUGUCCGGGUUGAGACUAAGGUCUGGCUCGCCAACCAGCGCACUUUCAUCAAGUGGCUCCAUAUCAGUAUCCUUCUGUCAUCGCUAUCUCUAGGUCUUUACAAUGCAGCCGGGAAACACAACGACAUUGCCCGUGCGCUAUCGAUCGUCUAUACGGCCUUCGCCAUCUUUGCCGCUGUCUGGGGGUGGUACAUGCACGAGAAGCGGGCCAAGCUCAUUCGUCAACGGAGCGGACGAGAUUUGGACAACACGUUUGGACCGAUAGUGACAAAAACCAUGACCAACUUCAACAUUCAUAUCAUCUCCGACACCGUGUGUCCCUGGUGCUAUGUCGGUUACCGCCGCCUCAGCCGGGCCAUCGCCCUGCACAAAACCACCAACCCAACCGACACCUUCACUCUAAGCUGGCACGCUUUCUACUUGAACCCAGAAGGGCCGGCUUACCCCGGCCUUGACAAGCGGGAAUCCUUCUGCAAGAAGUUCGGCCCUCAGCGCACUUCAGCCAUCAUUGACCACUUGACCUCCGUCGGCAAGACCGAGGACAUCAACUUCAGUUUCGGGGGUCGUACCGGCAACACUCGGGACUCGCACCGCCUACUGUGGUGGGCCGGCCAGAAGGAAAAGGCUGAAGCCAGUGGAAGCAGCAGCAGCGCCGACAAAGCUCUGGUUGGCGGGUUGCAGACCCGGGUCGUUGAGAAGCUGUUCCGUGCCUAUUUCGAGGAUGAGAAGAACAUCACCGAUCCCGCCGUCUUGACUGAGGCCGCCGUUGAUGCGGGCUUAGACAAGACCGCCGUCGAGAAGUUCCUGGCCUCUGAAGAUGGUGGGAAAGAGGUUGAUGUUGAGGCCUACGCCGCCCAGCGCCAGCUGGUCUCUGGGGUCCCGUAUUUCAUGAUCAAUGGUGCGUAUGCGGUGCCCGGGGCUGAUGAGCCGGAGACUUUCUUGGAGGUAUUCGACAAGGUGAAGAGUGCUUGA